GUGGAUAAAAAUGUCUACUAGUAGUAUUGCUGAAGAGGUUGCCACUCAAGAAACCAACACUCAUGAGACUAAAAUCACCAAUGAAAUAAGCAGUGGUGAAAGUCCUCCAUCCCAAAUACAGCUCAAAGAACAGAAACUUUCUUGCCGGAAAUUCUCAAGAUAUGACUCCUUGGACGUUGAAGCCAACAACCUUCAUCCCAUUAAUCACCAUAGCUCCAAGAAUGGAGGAUGGUUAGUAACCUUGCAUUUGGCUUUCCAAAGCAUUGGUGUGGUCUAUGGAGACAUUGGGACAUCGCCUUUAUACGUACUUUCCAGCACCUUUCCAGGGGGAAUUAACCAUAACGAUGAUAUUCUUGCUGUUCUCUCUUUGAUUUUGUACACCAUCACUUUGAUCCCGCUCAUCAAGUACGUAUUCAUUGUGCUACGCGCAACCGACAAUGGAGAAGGUGGAACAUUCGCAAUGUAUUCUUUGAUAUGUCGUCAUGCCAAGAUUGGAUUGAUCCCAAGUCAAGAACCAGCAGAUCAAGAUGUUUCGACUUUUCAGCUGGCAAAUCAUCGGUUGCUAAGAGCAUCCAUAUUCAAAUCCAAGCUAGAAAAAAGUAAAUUUGCCAAAUUUUUCCUCCUAAUAAUCACAAUGCUUGGUACAUCCAUGGUGAUUGGGGAUGGUAUUCUCACUCCUUCAAUUUCAGUCUUAUCAGCAGUAGGAGGGAUCAAAGAAGCUACCUCUGCCAUGACAGAAGAGAGGAUUGUAUGGAUAUCAGUUGGAAUUUUAGUCUUCCUAUUUAUGUUUCAAAGAAUGGGAACGGACAAAGUUGGCUACGCUUUCGCUCCAAUAAUCUUUGUUUGGUUCAUAUUCAUUGCUGGCAUUGGCAUCUACAACUUCAUCAAGUAUGAUCCUCUGGUUAUCAAAGCUCUGAACCCAAAAUACAUCUUAGACUACUUCAGAAGAAAUCAUAAAAAUGCUUGGAUUUCCCUUGGGGGAGUGGUUCUUUGUACAACAGGAACUGAAGCAUUAUUUGCUGAUGUUGGUCACUUCAGUGUUCGAUCCAUACGAAUCAGCACGUGUGCUGUGACUUACCCUGCACUUAUAUUAGCAUACACAGGACAGGCUGCGUAUCUUCGCAAGAACAACUCAGAUGUUUCCGAUACCUUCUUCAAGUCUAUUCCAGGUCCCAUGUAUUGGCCAAUGUUUGUGGUGGCUAUUUUUGCUGCAAUCAUAGCAAGUCAAGCGAUGAUCUCUGGGACUUUUUCGAUAAUCCAACAAUCACUAUCACUAGGAUGCUUUCCUCGGGUGAAAAUUGUUCAUACAUCAAGCAAGUAUGAAGGCCAAGUUUACAUACCCGAAAUCAAUUACCUUUUGAUGGUGGCUUGUGUAGCUGUCACUCUUGCAUUUAAGAAUACAGUCAAAAUCGGCAAUGCAUAUGGGAUAGCUGUGGUUUUCGUGAUGACCCUCACAUCGGCAUUUCUAGUGCUCAUCAUGAUUAUGAUAUGGAAAACCAAAAUUCUUCUUGUUAUUUUGUAUGUUCUGGUCAUUGCAUCAGUGGAGCUUGUCUACCUAAGUUCGGUUCUCUACAAGUUUGAUCAGGGCGGCUACUUGCCAGUAGCUUUUGCGAUGUUCCUUAUGUCCAUCAUGUUCACUUGGAACUACGUUUAUAGGAAGAAGUACUACUUUGAGUUAGAUCACAAGGUCUCUCCAGAGAAGCUAAAGGAGGUAAUCAUCGAUACAAACUCUUACCGUCUGCCUGGGCUUGCAAUCUUCUAUUCAGAACUUGUCCAUGGCAUCCCACCAAUUUUUAAGCAUUAUGUCGAAAAUGUACCAGCACUCCCCUCCGUCCUGGUUUUUGUAUCCAUCAAAUCGUUGCCUAUCAGCAAAGUUCCAAUGGAAGAGAGGUUCCUUUUUCGUAGAGUAAGGCCUAAUGAUCUGAAUGUGUUCCGCUGUGUGGUGAGAUAUGGAUACACAGAUGUGCGUAACGAGCAAGAGCCCUUUGAGAAAUUGCUGGUUGAAAGGCUGGGUGAGUUUAUAAAGGAAGACUACAAGUUUUCUAUUGUUGAAGAAUCUCAGGGAAACCAUGAAGAAAUGGACAGUGAUGGAUCAGGCAAUGGUGAAAAUGUUGACCAUGAUCAGGAGGCAGUGAAAAGAGACAUUGAAGUACUGGAAGAGGCAUGGCGUGCAGGCAUUGUUCAUUUUGUAGGGGAACAAGAGGUGGUGGCAGGAAAAGGAGCUAGCUUAGGGAAGAGGAUUUUGAUAGAUUAUGCAUUUAACUUCUUGAAGAGGAACUUGAGGCAAAGCAAUGAGGUGUUUGAUAUUCCUCAAAAGCGAAUGCUCAAAGUUGGGAUGACUUACGAGCUGUAGGACAUAUUCCAAGUUAUAACUACUAGUGUAAUUUGCCUUCUUUUCACCCUCUAAAUUUCUUCCCUUUUACAACUCUCUUUUUCAGAUACUAUUGAAGCAGUACAAUAUCUUAAGUUCUUUCUUUCA